CCAGUCCUCAGGCCCACAGACACCAAAAAGUGGACUUGAGCAAACUGUCACGUGACGCAAGAGCUCACGUGACUCGGAAUACACAUGACUUCAGUCCACCGGCGCUUCCUGGAGAGCAAGGACGCUAGGAAGCAGAGAUGACCCGAGCCCGGCUGCCCUCGCCGCUGUUCCUGCUGCUGCUGCUCGUGGCCUGGGCAUCCCGAGGCAAGGCAGCCCCCGACAAGGACGAGAUCGACUGCCUCCCCGGGCUGGCCAAGCAGCCGUCUUUCCAGCAGUACUCGGGCUACCUCAGAGCCUCGGAUUCCAAGCACUUCCACUACUGGUUUGUGGAGUCGCAGAAAGACCCGAAGAGCAGCCCGGUGGUUGUUUGGCUCAACGGAGGUCCCGGCUGCAGCUCCCUGGAUGGGUUCCUCACCGAGCACGGCCCCUUCUUGAUCCAGCCAGAUGGUGUCACCCUGGAGUACAACCCGUAUUCUUGGAACCUGAUUGCCAACAUGUUGUACAUUGAGUCCCCAGCUGGGGUGGGCUUCUCCUAUGCCGAUGACAAGUCAUACGUGACCAAUGACACUGAGGUGGCUCAGAACAAUUUUGAAGCCCUCAAAGACUUCUUCCGCCUCUUUCCGGAGUACAAGGACAACAGACUUUUCCUGACAGGAGAGAGCUAUGCUGGCAUCUACAUCCCCACCUUGGCUGUGCUGGUCAUGCAGGACCCCAGCAUGAACCUUCAGGGGCUGGCUGUGGGCAAUGGACUCGCCUCCUAUGAGCAGAAUGACAACUCGCUGGUCUAUUUUGCCUACUACCAUGGCCUUCUGGGGAACAGGCUCUGGUCUUUGCUCCAGACUCAUUGCUGCUCUCAAAACAAGUGUAACUUCUAUGACAACAAAGACCCAGAAUGCGUAAACAAUCUCCUGGAAGUAUCUCGCAUCGUGGGCAAAUCCGGCCUUAACAUUUACAACCUCUAUGCCCCUUGUGCUGGUGGCGUGCCCAGCAGUUAUAGAUAUGAGAAGGAUACUAUUGUGGUCCAGGAUUUUGGCAACAUCUUCACUCGCCUGUCACUCAAGCGGGCAUCACAUCAGGCACUGCUGCUGCGUUCUGGAGACAAGGUGCGCCUGGAUCCCCCCUGUACCAACACCACAGCCGCCUCUACCUACCUCAACAACCCAUAUGUGCGGAAGGCCCUCCACAUCCCCAAGGAGUUGCCCCAGUGGGACAUGUGCAACUUCUUGGUGAACUUACAGUACCGCCGUCUCUACCAAAGCAUGAACUCCCAGUACCUGAAGCUGCUCAACUCACAGAAAUACCAGAUCCUCUUAUACAAUGGUGAUGUGGACAUGGCCUGCAAUUUCUUGGGGGAUGAGUGGUUUGUGGACUCCCUCAACCAGAAGAUGGAGGUGCAGCGUCGGCCCUGGCUAGUGGACUAUGGGGACAGUGGAGAGCAGGUCGCUGGCUUCGUGAAGGAGUUCUCCCACAUUGCCUUUCUCACAAUCAAGGGUGCCGGACACAUGGUCCCCACUGACAAGCCCCAAGCUGCCUUCACCAUGUUCUCUCGUUUCCUGAACAAGGAGCCAUACUGAUACCUGAAGGGACCUGUGGCGGUCCCCAGUACCUACUGAUCCAGCCCCUCCUAGCCUCUCUAGCUAGAGGGUGAUCCCCCCUUAUGUAAAUGCCCCUGUGGGGCAGGUACUGCUCUAGAACUGCCCCUACUUCCCACAGCCUGUAGCAUCCCAGCCUGGGCCCCAGGGCUUCACAGACAGCCUAGGGACAAGUGAGCACUUUAUUCCUGCCACAGGUCCUGGGGUAGCCUGGCCCCUCCCUGCUUAAAGAACGCCCUUCUUCAUACAUUGGCCCCAUCCCAGGACCCCAGCAGAGCUCUCACGAUAGCCUAAAGAGAAGGAUAGAGGAUUGUAAUUGACAGAUUGACUGAUUAUGAAAAUAAAUUGGAUGUAGCUUC